AUAUAUAUAAAUAUAGCAAUAAAUUACCAACUAACCAAAGCAUUGCCUCUGUGAAUUUGCCGACAAUUGCAAUUAAUUUUUAAUUAUUAAUUAAAUAAAAUAAUUAUUUAAUUAAAAUUUAACAGCAGAAUGGCCGUGGACAUUUCACCGAAAAAUGAUGGCGGAGUUUUGAAGGAAAUAAUAAAAGAAGGUCUGGGAGAGGAGACACCAUCACCCGGGUCCAAAGUCAAAGUUCACUACACCGGAACUCUUCUUGACGGAAGUAAAUUUGACUCGAGCAAAGACAGGAAUGAACCAUUCGAGUUUAAUCUGGCCCAGGGUAAUGUCAUCAAGGCCUGGGACAUCGGGGUCGCGACGAUGAAAAAAGGAGAAGUCGCCAUCCUGACCUGCGCCCCAGAAUACGCUUACGGUAAAAGUGGAUCCCCGCCAAAGAUUCCUCCAGACGCGACUCUGAAAUUUGAAGUUGAAGUUCUCGACUGGGUCGGUGAGGACUUGAGCCCUAAUUUAGACGCCAGCAUCCAGAGAUUCCAGAUCGUUUCUGGGUCCAAGGAAGACGGAUACCCCAAUGAUGGAGCUCUUGUUGACAUUCACCUGGUGGGAAAAUACAACGACCGGGUCUUCGAGGAACGGGACGUCAAGUUUAAUCUCGGGGAAGGCGAAGAUGUGGGAAUAAUUGAAGGAGUUGAAUCUGCGCUGAGUAGAUUUGCCGUUGGUGAGAAAUCACGUUUGCUGAUAAAGAGCAAAUUCGCUUUUAAGAAAACCGGCCACCAGGAAUUUAAUAUCCCACCUGAUGCUGAUGUUGAGUACAUCGUCGAGAUGAAAGCGUUUGAAAAAGCUGCGGAUAUUUGGUCGAUGGAACCGGAAACAAAAAUAGAACAGGCAAAACUGAGUAAAGACAAAGCGACAAAUUAUUUCAAAGCUGGUAAAUAUCCGAUGGCGAUAAAAAUGUGCAAAAAAGUCGUCGAGUUCCUGGAGAGCGAAAGCACUUUUGAUGAUAAAUUGAAACCCGAGAGAAACCAAGUGCUGCUGUCGGCACAUUUGAAUCUCGGGCUGUUUUAUCUCAAGACCAAUGACAAUUUCGAGGCGAAAAAUGCCUGCACUAAAGCUCUUGACAUUGAUCCGAGCAACGAGAAAGCUUUGUUCAGACGGGGACAAGCUCUGCUGGCACUAUCGCAACCGGAAGAAGCUAAGAAAGAUUUCGAGCAGGUCAUCAAAGUCGAGCCCAACAAUACGGCUGCGGUAAAACAGAUCGCAGUUUGUCGCGAGUUGAUAAUGAAAAACCGCGCCCAGGAAAAAAAAUUAUAUGCGAAUAUGUUUGAAAAAAUGGCACGUGCUGAUAAACAGAAAGAAGAGGAGAUAUUGCGUCGACAGCCGGAUGUUAUGCAAGGAACACUUGGGGAAUGGGGACAAGAGGAAAGACCUGGAGGCAGAGACGCAACAGCCUUUGAAAAAGAGAAUCCAAAUAUUCUUAUGUUGAACGCCAACGGAACUGGAGAAUUUCAAAAUAUGUGAACUUAAGUAACUAUUCAUUUAUCAUUUUCAUUAAUAUCAUUAUUAAUUACUCACGUUUUCAUCACUGCCGAUGUAAUUCAUUCCAAUAAAUAUCGAUUUAUAUUU